CGCGAAUUGAGUGAAUGAGCGGUAGACAUGGUGCUGCAGAACAGUGGGAAGCUAAGAGCUGAGAGACGGCCGGUGGCCGAUACUAGCAAUCUUGAGGAUGGCUCCUCCCUUCCUGCACUCAAGCGCCUGGAGCGCAGUCAGUGGACAGAUGAGAUGGAUGCACGAUUUGGGUUUGACCGCCUUAAAGAUCCAGGCGAGAAGACUGGUUGGCUUAUCAACAUGCACCCAGCAGAACUCCUGGAUGAAGACAAGAGAUUGAUCAGUGCUGUGGAUUAUUAUUUUGUUGAAGAGGAUGGGAGCAGAUUCAAGGUUGCUCUGCCUUUUGAACCCUAUUUCUAUGUUGCCACAAAAAAGGGCUGUGAACGAGAGGUUUCAUCAUUCUUGUCCAAAAGAUUUCAAGGCAAAAUAAGUAAAAUAUCAACCAUUCCAAAAGAGGACUUGGAUCUGCCUAACCACUUGGUUGGCUUGAAGAGACUCUACGUUAAGCUCGCUUUUAAUACAGUUGAUGACUUGGUAAAAGUACGAAAGGAGAUUUUCACAGCUGUUAAGAAAAAUAAAGAAAGAGAGAAAUCGAAUGAUGCCUAUACUGUCAUGUUAUCCAGUGCCUUGGCUGGGGGCAAUGUGACUGAAGAGGAAGGAACAUCCAAAAAAAUUUCUGACCAAAUGGAAAACAUAAUUGACAUCCGAGAGUAUGAUGUCCCUUAUCACGUUCGAGUAUCUAUUGAUUUGAAGAUUCAAGUGGCACAUUGGUACAAUAUACGAAUUCGUGGUGGUGCCUAUCCUCCUGAGAUUAUACGUAGGGAUGACUUGGUUGAGCGACCAGAUCCUGUUGUUUUGGCAUUUGACAUUGAGACUACAAAAUUGCCAUUAAAAUUUCCAGAUGCUGAGAAUGACCAGAUCAUGAUGAUUUCCUACAUGAUUGAUGGACAGGGCUAUCUGAUUACAAACAGGGAAAUUGUGUCUGAAGAUAUUGAGGAUUUUGAGUUUACACCAAAGCCAGAAUAUGAGGGCCCUUUUUGUGUAUUUAAUGAGCCAGAUGAGGCAAGCUUAAUUCGCAAAUGGUUUGAACACCUUCAGGAAACAAAGCCUAACAUACUUGUGACAUAUAAUGGUGAUUCUUUUGAUUGGCCUUUUGUGGAGGCGCGAGCUGCAGUACAUGGUUUGAACAUGUACAAAGAGACUGGCUUUCAGAAAGAUAGUCAGGGCGAGUUCAAAGCUAGUCAGAGCGUUCACAUGGACUGCUACAGGUGGGUGAAGCGAGACAGUUACCUCCCUGUAGGUAGCCAGAACUUGAAAGCUGCGGCUAAAGCUAAACUGGGAUAUGACCCUGUGGAAUUGGAUCCUGAAGAUAUGUGUCGAAUGGCUACUGAGGAACCACAGACUUUAGCCACUUACUCAGUCUCUGAUGCCGUGGCUACCUAUUACAUGUACAUGAAGUACGUGCACCCCUUCAUUUUUGCCUUGUGUACAAUCAUCCCUAUGGAACCUGAUGAGGUAUUAAGAAAAGGUUCUGGAACGCUUUGUGAGGCACUCCUCAUGGUGCAGGCUUUUCAUGCCAAUAUAAUCUUCCCAAACAAGCAGGAACAAGUCUUUAAUAAAUUAACAAAUGAUGGGCAUGUGCUUGAUUCAGAGACUUACGUAGGAGGACAUGUGGAAGCUUUGGAAUCGGGAGUUUUUCGUAGUGACAUACCAUGCCGAUUUAAAAUGAACCCAGCAGCAUUUGAUUUCUUGCUGCAAAGAGUGGAGCAUACCAUGCGACAUGCCAUUGAGGAAGAGGAGAAACUUCCCAUUGACCAGGUUACUAAUUUCCAAGAAAUAUGCGAUGAGAUUAAAAAGAAACUGAACUGUUUGAAGGAAGUUCCCAACAGGAUUGAAUGUCCACUCAUUUACCACUUGGAUGUAGGAGCAAUGUACCCUAACAUCAUUCUGACCAACCGCUUGCAGCCUUCUGCCAUUGUGGAUGAAGCCACCUGUGCGGCAUGUGACUUCAACAAACCAGGUGCAUACUGUCAACGCAAGAUGACCUGGAUGUGGCGAGGAGAGUUUAUGCCAGCUUCUCGCAGUGAGUACCAUCGUAUUCAACAACAGCUUGAGUCUGAAAAAUUUCCUCCUACCUUCCCAAAUGGACAACCACAAGCUUUCCAUGAAUUAUCCCGUGAAGAACAAGCCAAGUAUGAAAAGAAGCGAUUGGCAGAUUAUUGCCGCAAGGCUUACAAGAAAAUCCACAUCACCAAAGUAGAGGAGCGAGUAACUACUAUCUGCCAACGUGAAAAUUCUUUCUAUGUAGAUACUGUACGAGCUUUCCGUGACCGACGGUAUGAAUUUAAGGGCUCUCACAAGGUUUGGAAGAAAAAACUGUCUGCUGCUAUUGAAUCUGGAGAUGCUACAGAGAUCAAGCGUUGCAAGAACAUGGAAAUUUUGUACGAGUCCCUGCAGUUGGCCCACAAGUGUAUUCUGAACUCCUUCUAUGGCUAUGUCAUGCGCAAAGGGGCUCGUUGGUAUUCCAUGGAAAUGGCUGGGAUUGUCUGUCACACUGGAGCUAAUAUCAUCACACAGGCCAGAGAACUGAUUGAACAAAUUGGACGACCCUUAGAGCUGGACACUGAUGGUAUUUGGUGUGUCAUUCCUAAUUCUUUCCCAGAGAACUUUGUCAUCCAGUCAAUCAAUCCGAAAAAACCCAAAGUUACAAUCUCCUACCCUGGUGCAAUGCUUAAUAUCCUAGUGAAGGAGCGAUUCACGAAUGAGCAGUACCAGGAGCUGGUGGACCCUGCAUCAUUGACUUACGUCACUCGUUUAGAAAACAGCAUCUUUUUUGAGGUUGAUGGUCCCUACCUGGCAAUGAUUCUGCCAGCUUCCAAAGAGGAAGGAAAGAAGCUGAAAAAAAGAUAUGCAGUGUUUAAUGAGGAUGGUUCAUUGGCUGAACUGAAAGGCUUUGAAGUGAAGCGACGUGGGGAAUUGCAGCUCAUUAAAAUUUUUCAGUCUUCUGUUUUUGAGGCCUUUCUGAAAGGUACCACACUGGAGGAAGUGUAUGCCUCUGUUGCGAAGGUAGCAGAUUACUGGUUGGAUGUAUUAUAUAGCAAGGCAGCUAAUAUGCCUGACCCGGAGCUAUUUGAAUUAAUCUCUGAGAAUAGAUCGAUGUCACGUAAAUUAGAGGAUUAUGGAGAACAGAAGUCUACCUCAAUAAGUACUGCCAAAAGGCUUGCUGAAUUUCUUGGGGACCAAAUGGUGAAGGAUGCAGGGCUGAGUUGCCGUUUUGUCAUCUCCAAGAAACCUGAGGGUGCCCCCGUCACUGAAAGAGCAAUUCCACUGGCCAUUUUCCAGGCAGAGCCAAGUGUUAAAAAGUACUAUCUGAAGAAGUGGUUGAAGAAUCCCUCGUUACAGGACCUGGACAUUCGAUCAAUUCUGGACUGGGAUUAUUACAUUGAGCGACUUGGCAGUGCCAUCCAGAAGAUUAUCACUAUCCCUGCAGCUCUUCAACAGGUAAAGAAUCCAGUUCCACGAGUUCGACACCCUGACUGGCUUCACAAGAAACUUUUGGAGAAGAAUGAUAUUUACAAACAAAAGAAAAUUAGUGAGCUAUUCAUUAGCACUGGAGUCAGACAGGUGACAUCAAAUCAGCAAUUGGUGAAAGACCAACAAUCAGAGAUUGGUGAUUUAGAAGACUUUUGUGCUUCCAAGCACAGAGCACAGCCAGUUAUCCCCAUCAGCACAAAGAGAGCGCGUGGUAUGAAUGAAGAGAGCCAGGAACUAUCUCAAGACCUAGAAUUAACACAAUCUUGGAGAGAGAUAUUGGGUCCUCCCCCACCAUUGGGAUCGACAAAGAAUGAACGGUUAGUGUGGCUGAGGUACCAGAAGAAGAAGUGGGAGCUUCAGUCAAAGCAGAGAAAGGCACGCAGAAAGAGGAGAAAGCUUGAUGAUGGUGCAGCUGCACCAGGUAGACCUAUUCGAGCUGGUUCCACACCCGGUCUUGGCAGCUUUUUACGUCGAACUGCCCGUACCAUUCUUGACAUGCCAUGGCAAAUUGUACAGAUUGCCGAAACAAGUCAGCCUGGCUUUUUCAAACUGUGGGCUGUUGUUGAUCAUGAUUUACAUUGCAUCAAACUCAAUGUUCCUCGAGUGUUCUAUGUCAAUCAGCGCAUCCCUAAAGCAGAUGAUAGCGCUGUUUACAAAAAAGUUAACCGCAUUCUUCCUCGUUCCAAUAUUGUUUACAAUCUGUAUGAAUAUUCUGUGCCAGAAGACAUGUACCAGGAACACAUCAAUGAGAUUAAUGCUGAUCUCUCUGCUCCAGACAUUGAGGGAGUGUAUGAAACACAGGUUCCCCUGCUGUUUCGUGCCCUCAUCCAGCUUGGGUGCGUCUGUAUGGUAAAUAGGCAAUUAUCACCUCACCUGGCAGAACGAGAAGCAGACACCUUCGAUUUGGAACAGCUGGAAAUGCGUUCAUUAGCACAGUUCAAUUAUCUGGAGCCAGGUACCAUCCGACAUAUUUACUUCUACCACAAUGCCCAAGGGAAUAAGGCUUUAUUUGGCUUGUUCAUCCCCUCUCAAAGGAAGGCUUCUAUAUUUGUUCUUGACACUGUUCGCAGUAAUCAAAUGCCGAAUUUGAAUAAUCUAUAUGCAACCGAGCGCACUGCUAUGCUGGAGAAAUUGGAUGAAGAGCUACUGCCACCUGAUAAACAUACGUUUGAAGUUCGGGCAGAAAAAGACCCAAAGUUAAUCUACAGAGCAAUUCAGCGUCUCCUGCUGAGCUACAAGGAUGAAAAAAGAGGACCAACUCUCAUUGCUGUACAAUCGAAGUGGCAGCUAAAGAGGCUGACAAAUGGGAUGUCAGUUCUGGAUGAGUUUCCGUUGGUGCCUGUUCAUGUAAUUGAUGAUAUUAGUUAUGGUGUAUUGGAUUGGCAGCGCCAUGGUGUCCGUAGAAUGAUCAGACACUACCUCAACUUGGAUAGUAUUCUGUCCAAGGCUUUUGAGAUGGCCAGAUAUUAUCAUAUUCCUAUUGGAAAUCUUCCAGAUGACAUCUCAACUUUUGGAUCAGACCUCUUCUUUUCCAGACAUCUUAGACGACACAACCAUCUGCUGUGGCUUUCCCCCACAUCACGACCUGAUCUAGGAGGAAAGGAGGCAGAUGAUAAUCGCCUGGUCAUGGAAUUUGAAGAAAAGUCAACAGUUGAGAUUAAUAAUCCAGGGUGUUACUCUACAGUUACAGUGGAGCUGGAUAUUCAGAGCUUGGCUGUGAAUACCAUCCUUCAGUCCCAUCACAUUAAUGAUAUGGAAGGAGCAUCCAGUAUUGGUGUAAGCUUUGAUGUCAUCCAGCAAGCUUCCCUUGAAGACAUGAUGGCUGGUAACCAGGCAGCUAAUGCACUUGCCAGCUAUGAUGAAGCAGCAUUGUGCUCCAACACUUUCAGAAUUUUGAAAAGCAUGGUUGUUGGCUGGGUAAAGGAGAUCACCCACUAUCAAAAUGUUUAUGCUGAUAACCAAGUUAUGCACUUUUAUCGUUGGCUGCGAACACCUUCAUCACUGCUAUAUGAUCCUGCACUACAUCGUAUUCUCCACAACAUGAUGAAGAAACUGUUUCUGCAGCUGGUAGCAGAGUUUAAGAGGCUGGGUUCAUCAAUUAUCUAUGCUAACUUCAACCGGCUAUUGCUGUGCACCAAGAAGCGCCGAAUUGAAGAUUCUGUGGGAUAUGUGGAAUACAUCACAAAGAGCAUUCAUUCCCGUGAGAUUUUUCACUCCCUCUCCAUCUCGUUUUCUCGGUGCUGGGAAUUUCUGCUUUGGAUGGACCCAGCUAAUUAUGCUGGCAUUAAGGGUAAAAUUACCUCCAGUAUCCUCAGUGGAGAGGUGGAGAGCAAUAAAGGAACAAAGGAAAGUGUUGACUAUGACAGCAGUGAUGAUGAAGAGAUUCACUCUGAGGAUGAGGAAACUGGCACUGAUGUCGAAGACCUUUUGGACAAUAACUGGAAUAUCAUGCAUUAUUUGCCGCAAGCAUCGUCUUGCCAGAGCUACUUCCUCAUGAUUGUCUCAGCUUAUAUUGUAGCUGUGUACCACAGCAUGAAGGAAGAACUUCGACGCAAUGCCCCAGGGUGUACUCCUAUAAAACGUCGAGGCACCAGCCAAAUUUCACAGGAGCCUGCAGGAGAAACAGCAUCUGCAGGGAUGAUCACCUUCUCUCAGGAGUACGUUGCUAAUGAGCUCACACACAACUUUUUCACCAUCACUCAGAAAAUUUUGAAAAAAGUGAGCAGCAAUAGACACUCCACUGAGCCUUCUGAAAUGUUCCCAAUUCUACCAGGCUCCUAUCUUCCAUUCAACAAUCCUGCACUGGAAUUCAUCAAAUCAGUUUGUAAGAUCUUGUCUCUGGAUUCAAACAUAACCAACCAGGUUAAUAAGUUGAAACGAGAUCUUUUACGUCUAAUUGAUGUAGGGGAAUUCUCCGAGGAAGCUCAGUUUAAAGACCCCUGCCAGUCCUACAUACUAGCUGAAGUUAUCUGCAAGAAUUGCAACUUCUGCCAUGACCUGGAUCUUUGUAAAGACCCUUCUGUGUUGCAGGAUGGCACUGUACUACCCAAGUGGUGCUGCACUAAUUGUCAGACUGAAUAUGACUCAGAUUCUAUAGAAAUGGAGUUGGUAGAAGCACUGAAGAAGAAAAUGAUGGCCUAUACGCUUCAGGAUUUGGUUUGUUCGAAAUGUAAGGGAAUCAAAGAAGCCAACAUGCCAAUUUAUUGUACUUGUGCCCGGGACUUUGAUUUGACCAUUUCUGUAAAGGGAUUUAUGGAACAAAUCCAGGUAUUCAGAAAUAUUGCCAGACACUACAGCAUGCCCUUCUUGUUGGAGACUGUUGAUUGGAUGUUUAGGAUGAAUACAAACCUAAGGCCAUGAAAACAAAAGAGUUAACAAGAUGAACAAAUAUCAGUGAAGUUAUGAACAUGAGUCUUUCAAGUUGCAAUUGGAAUUAACCAUUUCUAUGCUAAAGAACUUGAUUAAAUCAGUUCCUCUAACUCCAGCAGAUGCUGCAUAAUCUGAGCAUUCUUCCGGUGUAAAUCGAUGUUGUGGUCUGAACAGCAGCCAGCUCAUUGGGAGGGUAUAAUGCAAGCAGCGCAGUUUCUGCCUGGUGACAAAUGUACCCUAUCUAUGGAACUGUUGAGUAAUGAAACAAGUUUCUGGAAAGAAUGAAUAUCAACCAACUAAAUGUAUCCUGGUUUAUUCGAGCGUAGAUUCUGGUAAAUUAACUAGGUGACUUUGUUAAAUAACACCUAGUGCAGGCCGUUGCUUAUCAACUAUUACAUAUAGUAAUACACCCUGGUAGGUGAUUAAAAUACCAUAUUGUAAUAUAGUCAAAAUGAUUUAGAUCUAAUAAACAGUAACAAUUAAGCUCAAGCAAUUUAGAAACUUCCCAUGAAUCUUGGAACUAAGGUCUAGCCUUAAAUUCUGUUCCUAGUAUGUUUGCAAACCUAUAUGCAGUAUAUGGUAUAUAAGGAAACAUUUUCUCUGUGUUGUCAUACUGUGUUUCUGGUCCCUAGGCGGAAAUUUAGUUUUAAACCAACACCAGAGUGCCACCUGAUUUAACCUUUAUGCACUGUGAGAAAUCAAAAGACAAAUAUUAAAUUGACGUAGACCCAGUCAUCAAGUAAACGCUAAAAAAUGGCAGCAUCAGUUAACUGGUUUAAGUUUUUAUAAAAUUGUCUAAUAUGUAAUUCAACCUGUGAAAGCAUGUUUACAAAUUUAUUUUUCAUCACAAAACCAUGAAUCUAUUCAUUUUUUGUGGAGUUCAAGAAAUGAAUAAAAUCAAACAAAUUAUUUUAGAAGGGUUGUGUUAAUUGAUCCAUGUAAACUAAAUUAGGCCAUGAGUGCUCUGUCAGCAUGGAGUUUUAUCUGACUUUGUUGAUGUGCUUGUUUUCCUCUGCUGCAUAUGCAGCAAUGUUAUUCAAAUUGGAAACUGGCAAUUUUGUCUGAAUGGCUAGUUGUAACCUUUGUAACAGUCAAUCUCAAAUAUUUUCUAACUACACAUUUAAAGUCAAAAACUUAAUGAAUUAUGUGAGAAGUUAAGGCAGCCCCUUAAGACUUGCAUAGCAUGACUUGGAAAAUUACUUUAAACAUGAACUUAAAAAUAUAUUAAAAAUAGUGCAACAGUUUUUUUGAGUGGUCUAACUGUGUUUAAACACUAUUACAGGCUAGUGUUAAUAGACUUGUGUAUCUGGGCCUCCACCAUUGUUGAAAUCAACUGGGAAGAAAGGUCAGAUAAGUGAAAAGGAAGUUUACUUAAUGGCAGUGGCCCUGAUUUUUUGUGUUUUAAAAGGCAGAUUUUUGUUUGCUUUGUUAGUCCACCUUCUUAAAAUACAAUUGCUGUGAUCAUUUUGCUGCCAUUUAAGGGUACCCCAUUAGCUAGGCAAAUAAAUAAAUCUUGUUUGUAUAAUAAUUUGCUGUUUUGACUACCUUAGCAUUUCAACAUGCAUGGUAUUUCAUUUAUAAAUGAACCAAUUGUGUCUCUACCUUUUUAAUGCGUAUUCUUGUUUCAGUUCCACCAAUUUUAUGAUUGUUCAGAAAAUUGCAACAGAAGGGUUUGAAGGAAAAGAUAUUCCUGUUCUGUACUGGAUCAUAUUAAUGACGUUAUUUCGUCUUUAAAUGUGAGCACUGUUUUCAAACUACUUCUGUUCUUGUUAGAAUAUUUGGUAUUAAGAAAUCUCUGCCAAGAGCUAGUUUAUUUUGCAGACAACUUUUUUUAUUGAUCACUGCAAAAUGUUCUGUAGCUGAUGAACAGCAAAGACACUUUUUACUUCAACAACAAUUUUCUAUUUAAAAACUUUACAAUGUUUUUACGGUGCAAUACAAAUAAAACAUUAACACUUCUGUGUUACUUGGACAUCCUCACUCUUUCUUUCGGUUUUAGUAUGAUAAUU